GUCAGUCAGGAGAGUGAGUGGAGCGCGUCAGUGAUGAGCGGAGCGGCGAAAGCGUGUGAGCUCAGCCGGCCGGAGGCGAUCAGAAUGCGGCCGCAACUCUAAACGCGCACCGCUCCCGUUCCCUGUGACGGCAACACUGAACGGGAAACAUGAGGAACAGCCGCCUGUACAGCAGAGGAGAGCUCUGGGCUUUGUGCAUUCUCCUCCUUUACAACAGUCAACUUUCCUACUCUUCAAAUUUCAGUCAUCUCAUCUAUAAGAUUAAAGAAGGAUUACCAAAAGGGAUACUAAUAGGAGCUAUCGGGGACGAAUUAAACUUGGAUAUCUCCGUUGAUCCCCCUCGUUCGUUCAAUCUGGAGCAAAAGACCAGCAGCCAGCAGUACGUGAAUCUGAACAACACCACGGGUGAGCUGUACACAUCUGCCGUGGAGAUCGACAGAGAGUCUCUGUGUGCAGACUCCCACGACGGCCAGGGCUGCUCAAUCUCUCUGGACGUGCUUAUCCUCCCUCAGCAGUUCUUUCAGCUGGUUAAGAUUCAGAUCUUCAUUGAGGAUGUCAACGACAACCGGCCGCAUUUCCCCGUCGAAGAAAUCCGUCUGUCUGUGCCAGAGAAUGCGCCGGUAAACGCCAGAUUUGCGGUAGAGCAGUCCGCUGUGGAUCCUGACAUCGGGAUUCACAGCGUUCAGACGUACUGGCUUGUUAAUGACUAUGGGGUUUUUACUUUAGACGUGGAGGAGAACGAAGGAGGCGAACUGACGCCCUUUCUUAUCAUUACUGAGGCGCUGGAUAGGGAGAGGCAAGCUGAGUAUGUGACGGAUAUCAUAGCUGAGGACGGCGGCUCUCCCCCACUUUUAGGCACCGCCACUUUGAGGAUUAUUAUCACAGAUGUCAAUGACAACUGCCCUAAAUUCACAGAGUCGCAAUUGAACAUUACUCUUUAUGGGAAUGCUACUAAAGGCAUGCAGCUGGCACGUCUCCAAGCCUACGACCCUGAUGAGGGAGCCAAUGCUCAAAUCACAUAUUCUUUCAGUGAACGGGUUACACUAGAAAGCAGAAACUUGUUUCAUUUGGACAAAACUACGGGGGUGCUCAAACUAGCAGGUAAAAUAGACAACAACAGCGGAAAGCUUUUCAAGCUGAUUGUACUGGCCAACGGCCCGACGUGCAUUCCAGAAGUGGCAACAGUUAUGGUUCAUGUCGUCAAGGAGCCCUCGGGCCCACCGGCUAUUAUGCCUCGGUACAUCGCCUCAGAGAAGGACGGUAUCGUCAGUCUGAGCGAAUCCGAGCCACCCUUUUCCCCAAUUGCGUUCUUCACCAUCAAAAACACAGACCCACGGCAGACUCUGGAGUGUUUUUUGGAGAGCACCGGUCCGUUUAGACUUGUACCUUAUCAACGUUUCAAAAACGAGUACCUGCUUGAGACCACUGAACCCCUGGAUUAUGAGCAGCAACAGGAUUAUGAAAUGACCAUUGUGGUUCGUAGCGCUCACGGAUUAACGGUUCGGACCGUCCUGAAAAUUCACGUGUUGGAUGUUAAUGACAACGCUCCGGUUUUCAAGCAGUCGCUCAUAGAGAUCACAGUGGAGGAGAACAACCCUCCAAAUACGUUUCUCGCCCAGUUUCAGGCCACCGACUUGGACAGCGGCAUCAGGGGCGAGGUGUACUACGUACUCGGUGUGGACGCCCCAACCAUUUUCCACCUGGACAAAUUGACGGGGGUUUUAACCGUGUCCACCUCUCUCGACCGGGAGGAAAAGGAAACCUACAGAUUCAUGGUGAGAGCGGUGGACCAGGGAACGCCAAGAAAGGAGUCGAUCGCCACCGUUAUAAUCACCGUUCAGGAUCGUAAUGACAACAGCCCUCGUUUCAUCAACAAGGAUUUCACCUUCUUCGUGCCAGAGAACUUUCCAGGCUUCGGGGAAAUCGGGGUGCUCACCGUUACGGACGCAGAUGCGGGGGAGAAUGGUUGGGUGGCGCUGUCCAUCCUGAAUGGCAGUGACAUCUUUGUGAUUGACACGGGUCGAGGAGCGUUACGGGCCAAAACCCCUCUCGACAGGGAGCAGCAGGGAACGUACUACAUCUGGAUCGAAGCCGUUGAUGGAGGUGAACCCGUCCUCUCUUGUGUCACUUUGGUGACCGUUCUUCUCCUGGACAUCAAUGACAACCCUCCAACUGUUCUGUUCCCCCAGUCCAACCAGUCCUACAUGCUGGUGCUUCCCAGCACGCUACCAGGAACGUCUAUAACCGAAGUGUACGCCGUGGAUCGGGACACAGGAAUGAAUGCGGUGAUUGCUUACAGUAUCAUCAGGAGGACAGACGGAGAGCCGGGGUCAUUUGACAUCGACCCGUACACGGGAAACAUCACUCUGAGGAAAACCCUGAGCAAUCGAGGUCUCUACAGUUUGUGGGUCAAGGUCAGGGACCACGGUCAGCCCGAGCUGUACUCUACGGUCCUGGUCAACCUCUUUGUGAAUGAAACGGUGAGCAACGAAACCCUCAUCCAGAGCCUGUUGCCCAGGGGAACUGAUGUUGACCCCAAGGAGAUCCCUCCUGUCAAAGAAGGGCGGGAGGGUGAACGAGUGCCAAUCCCAUGCAGCGAGUAUCAGGUGCUAUUGCUCUCCUUGACGGCUACUUGCCUGGGACUCUUUCUGACCGUUGUGUCGCUGGUUACGUACAUUUGCUGUAAGAAGGUCAGAAAACCAAAAAAGAAACGGUUGGACGUUGAGAUUCCUUUGAAACUGAACCAUGAGAUGGUGGAUAAGAACCCCAUGGAGAUUUCCAACAUAUGACGCUGUCCUGCUGAGACCCCUAAACUGCCCAAAAUCAUCUGUUUACAGCAUCUCUCCAGUCUAAAGUUAUAUGAAAUUGUAAAUAUUGUGCAUAUGGUAUGUUUUAUAACUACACAUGUAUAUGUAUAUAUGAAAGGAUCAGAUUUUUGCAUUUGCUUCCCAACAAGCUUUUUGUGUAUUUAUAUUACAAGUGUAAAUGGUGCCCUCACCACAGCAGUGUGUUUGUGUCAAAGUGUCUUUUGUCCCCGAAGCCCAACACUGGGAUGACAUUCUCAGGCUACGUCCACACUAUGCAUUUUUUUCUCCGUUUUGGCCUUCCGUCCACACUGAGACAGCGUUUUUGUCAAGGAAAACUGAGCUUUUUAAAAACGCUCUCCAAAGUGGAUGCUUUUAAAAACGUUGUUUACGUGUUGUAGUGUGGAUGAGGAAAAUGGUUUGUCAUGCGAGGUAGUCAUGUGACUGAGUGCCGAAGCUUGCAUUAGCACUAACCUGCACUAUAUGGUGAUGUCAGCGUUUUCAGACGUUUCAGUGUGGAUGACCAGCCAUUGGCAAACGCUUAAAACGCUAGUGUGAACAAAGAGUGUUUUCAAAACAAAAGCGCAUUAGUGUGGAUGUAGCCUCCGUUCCAAUCGAAAAGAACACUCCUCAUGUGUAGAACUGAGUUAUCUCAAAUGAAAAAAUCUGUGUCACGCUGAUUUGUUUUGUGUUUUGUGUAGGAUACAGUGUUCGUAUCUUUUGAUGAUAGGUAACGUGUCUUUUAGGUCCCGGAUGUCUUGGUGUGUGUGUGACGACGUUUGUUUGUGAGCUCAGCUAGUUUCUUUCCUUCAAAGAUGCACCUUUACACCUCCCCGAUUUCAGUUGUCUGACGUGUAAGGAACUCAUGAACAUUAAAGUGCUUUAUUUUCUUA